AUGCAUGAGGCAGAUUCGUGGGGUACCGAAUUCAUCUUCAUAUUACCACCAAAUAACCCUGCUUUGUUCCAAGCUUAUUGCUGCUUUUUUGGUCGAAGCAGCGAGAAUGAUAUUGUGCUAAAUAUUGAGUAUACUAGAAUUGACAAUUCAAAUGCUGCAAAAAAGAAGGAUAAAUUCCGCUUCAACAGCUAUCUUUGCUAUGAUUUCGACCAUUUGGCAAUGAAUGACACCAUCGAAGGAUUGCACAUGUUGGGAAAUGAUCGAAUACAUGUCACUUCUUCAGACAAAAUAUCAGUUCUCUGCUACAUAAAUGAUCUCAAAACUCUUGUUGAUGCAUUUUUAGUACAUCCUGUCGGAAUGGGAGGCGAUUAUUAUGCGUUCUCAUUACCUGGACGUAGCACCAUGACCUUAUAUUUCUUACCUCUUGGAGCAACAAAUGAAACAAUAUCACAAAGCCAUUGUGUUCACAAUGUUUCAAUAACAGUGAAGCAAAACAAUAAAUUAGAGACCAUUAAGCAAAAUAUGAAGGCAGGUUCAUUAUGGCAGUACACAGCACCCAUAGAACAAACGGUAUCAGUAUGGAUUCGUGAUCGAUUGAAUAAUCCCAUUACUAAAGGUCGAAUGAUGGUAAUUGCUUCGAUCCGGAAUGUCUCUGUAUCAGGAGUAAAGCGAAUCGGCUUUGGAUGUUUCAUGCCGACGCCGAUGAUUGUUGAUCAAUGUGCCAAACUAAUUAAUCCCGCAUAUCAUCCAGCACAAAAAAAAUUCGCGGAAAAUCUAUUAUUAACAGCGCCAUCUCCUCGAUGUCCACAAGAUACAAUAAAUAUCACAAACAUUAUGACAGAACAAUCGAAGUCAUUAUUAAUGAAAUGGAAUAAAGGAGCAGAGGAAAUCAAUACAAGGGACAAAAUUUUUAAGGAAAUAUUUAGCAUCACCUCAGAAAUUACGAUGAUGAAUAUUGUGAAUUAUGGAGAUAGUAAAGGGAUAUAUAUUCACGAGAUUCCCGAAUUCUCCCAAUGGAUCACUGAUGAUACAUUGUCAAUAAACCUUCCAUCAGGUUUCAAAGGCGUUGCACAUAUAUUAGUGGCAAACGGUGAAAAACCACCGUAUGAUAUUGUGGAGCAGGAAAUGCGGAUAAAUGGUAGUGGUAUGCGACGUUUCAGUAUUGAACAGUUCAAUCGAUACCUUCCGAUAGUUAUAGGAGAAGUGAAUGGAAAUUUUAUUGGCUAUGUUGCUGCUAUCAAUCUUCGUAGUAUUCCAUCACCGAUAUUCGCAAAACCUGAUACUACUACAGUUCUUUUGACAACGACCAUAAUGACAACAACUGAGGAAGGAUGUCUUGUUGAUUUCACCGAGGCCAAACCAUCAACUUCUAUGGUUUCAAAGCAACUCAAAAUUCAAAAUGCAGCAACUCAAAAUGCAUCUAUCAGUAUACUACUUUCAAACAACUUAUUUGCAAUCUAUUUAUGUUUGAUGAUAUACAGUGAAAUUGAACAAUGA